AUGAAAAAAAAGCAAUUUCAUGCAAAGAAAUCAUGUAUUAAAAAAUUACUUAAUGGGAUACGAAUGCAUGAACCAAAUUCAUUACCAUCACCAGAUUUUGAUGCAAUUACACCCUAUUACGAUGAUUUAUGUAUGGAUGAGAGAAAACCAUUUAGCGAAUUAUUAGAAGAUUAUCUUGAAGAUAAAAUAACAUUGGCGUUAUAUGGGCAGGAACUUAUGAAGAGUUGUUUAAAGAAUAAAAGAUAUACUACAAUGGAUAAAUUGUUUAUGCACUGUAUUCAGAUAAACAAGGAAUCUGAAGAUAAAUUUUUAGAAAACAUUAAAUUAUUAGAAAUUGUCACCUUUUCAUUUAUGGAGUUAACUUUAAAAUUCCCUCAAAUAUUAAAAAAAGUUUUAUCUUAUACUUCAUUUAUUCUUUCAAGUUCAAAUCAAAAAAUUGCAAUUAGAAAAUUUUCUUCAGAAUCUCAUCUUCACAGUCACAAAAAAUAUCAUCUCCCGCAUUUCACUAGUAAUAAUAUUUCCUAUAUUUCACAACAUAUCAUUCGUAAAUUAUUUAUUUUAUUAAAAAAUAAAAUUUCUAAAGAACCUGAUGUGAAUCCAACUGCAAUUUUAAUCUCUCCAUUGCCAAAGUUUAGUUCUUAUACUCAUAAUUAUAAUCCUUGGAAAGAAUUAAUUUUUCCCGAACCCAGCCCUUUUACUAAAUACAAAUCUUCCGAACUUUAUAAGUAUUGGCAUGGUGAAGCCCUUCUCAAUUUCAAGUGGGAUACUUACGGAAGACAGUACUAUUUUGCUAUUAUGAUCUUUUAUUCCGUUUUUAUGGGAUGUUUUUUAACAGUUGCUACUUUAGAAAGCGAAUUAACAAAAAGUAUUCAGGAGCGAUUACUGAUUGCAACUAUCAUCUUAGGUGUUCUACACUUUACUUUUGAAUUGCGGCAAUUUAUUCAUUCGCCAUCAGAAUGGGUUACCGAGAUUUGGAAUUAUUUUGGUGCAAUGUUAGUCCCAGUAAUAACCUCUAUUAAUUGGUUACAAUCCUCUAUUAUGCCUGUCUCGGCAGUUACAAUUUCUAUACUAUUACUUGAACUUAGAUUUAUAACUUUUUUUCGUCCUAUUGAAUUUUUCGGUGCUUAUUGGGCAAUGAUCAUUGGGGUUAUAGAAAAUUCCUAUUCUUUCUUUAUAAUUAUUGGUCUUAUUAUGUUCGCUUUUGCUCAUUCCUUACUUAUUUUGUUAAGGCCAACAAUUAAUGCUUUAGAUACUUCUAUUUCAGAAGAACUUUUAGAUACAAAUACAAAUAUGUUUGUAAAUUUGAAUACAGCAUUUUUGGCUGUUUAUAUGAUGUUAACUGGUGAUUCAUCUUGGUCAAUAACUGAAAAUUCAACACUGACAAUUUUGAUGGCUUUGUUUUCUUUCUUUACAACCGUUUAUUUGAUGAAUUUAUUUAUUGGUUGGUUAUGUACUUCUAUCUAUGAAACAAAAAGAAAAGAAUUAUUUUUGCUUCAAAGAGCAAAGAUUUUAUCAGAAAUUGAACUUUUUUAUAUGUUACCAUAUCAACGUAGAAAAAAUAAUUGGUUUCCUGAGAUUAUAUUUAGUCUCGAUGAACUUCACGAUAUAAUUUGUAAAGUACAAAAAAAUAAAUGGAAUGAUACUAUCGAAAUACCAUUCUUUUCUAAGAAGCUGUUAGAUUUUGCUAAAGUGGGUAAAGAAAUAGAUAAUCAAGAAGAAAUUCAAGAUAUAAAUAAGUUAUCUGCUGAAGUUCAAGAAUUAAAAGAAAAUAAAAAUAAGAUAAUUAAACAAUUAGAAGAAAAUGAGAAGAAGAUGUUGCAAAUAUUAGAAAAUAAUAAUGAAAAGUUAAUUCAAGAGCUAAAAGAGAUUUUGAAGAGUGAAUCAAAAAGUUGA